AUGCUUCCUGCUUUCGAGACGGCCUUCUCCCAGCACGGGACGGGCAAGGCGGUGCGCCCAGAGUCGAACGGCUUCAGCUCGGCACCCACCCGAUGCCCGACGGCAGAGCUGCUCGCCUUCGGCGACGGCCACGACGCCGGCGCGCACGCGGAGAGCCCCAAGGACGCCUCCGACUUGCCGGAGCACGGUGGCGGCGCGGCGCUCCUCGAGGCCGCGCCCCCUGAGGCCGCGCCCCGCGGGGACCAGCGCCCCGGGAGGAGGUCUGCGGCGCCAACGCCGAAGGAGGCCCCUCUCAGGCGCUUGCGGUCCGAGGCGUACUGGGAGCAGAAGGCCGCCGCUGCCCUGCAGCCAGCGCGCUCGCCUUGGGAGCUGGGCGUGAGGCCGCGCCGCCCGUGCCACGACGAGGAUGGGGGCCUCCUGCGGGCGGCGGAGGCGCGGCCGGCGGCAGAGGGCGCCGCAGGCGGAGGCGCCGCUGGCAGCCCCAGGAGCUGGGCGGGCGCCGUCUCCAGGGAGUUGCGCCGUGCGGUGCACCGUUGA